AUGAACUCGACAUUCGAGAUCGAGGAAGUAUCCUCCGACUUCUUCUCAGCGCUCGAAGACGCCGAGCUUUGCCACGGCGUCAAACGUAACCUCGCGCUGGAGAUCUCGCGAGAAGCGGGGGUGCACGUUUCCGCUGUUUCUCCCCCGUUCAUGCCGAAGGUGAGACGAGAUGUACCGCCCGACGAUGCGAAGAUCGGUGAUCCGGGGGGCGGCAAAGAAAAUGUGUGUGUCUCCCAAGAGGGAAAAACGACCGCCCGUAAGCGUCGGCUUCCAGCGUCUCUCUCCCCCGCCGUCGCUUUACCACUCCCAGAGGGGUGCCACGAUUUGCCGAAUUCCCUCCCAGAUCUGCACUUCCCCGGGUCUGUGGUCCUUUGUGAGACGCCUCAGGAGGUGGAUUCUGCGGUGGCGAGGAUUCGGCGACUGACUGCGAUUCCGUCAGCUCCUCGCACGUUCGGCUGGGAUAUCGAGUGGCUCGUCUCGUUCAAGGCGGGAACGGAGCCGAGGUUGACCAGCCUCAUGCAAUUCUGCUACAGACCCCGACCACCGGCGAAGGCUGUGUGUUUUCUGUUGAGACUUUGCCUCACGGGAGUGACGGAGUCUCUGAGGGAGCUGCUGGUGGAUCCAACGAUUGUGAAAGUUGGUCUGAACGCACGAGGGGACGCUCACAAGAUAAGGAGGGACUUUAACGUGGCGGUUGAGGGAGUUCUGGAGCUCAGGGAUUUUGCGAGGGAGAGGGCGGCGCGGCCUGGACAUCCCGGUUCUGCCCCCGAGAGCUACUCACUGGCCGCGCUCGUGGAGUGGCAGCUGUCGCACCGCCUGCCAAAGCACGCUUCGAGUCGUAUGAGCGAUUGGGAGGCUCCAAAACUCACAGAGGAUCAAGUGACUUAUGCCGCUCUGGAUGGAUGGGCAAGUUUGCUCGUCUUUGAGACGCUGCAAACCCUCCCCCCUGUCACCGAUUCGUUCGUCGAGCCGUCCCCGGCGGCAGCCGAAGAGAAGGAGGAUGUUGAGAUGACCGCCGAGACAGUGUGCGUUGACGAUCCCUGGGACAUCAACCAGAUCACGCCGGCGGCUCCUGCCUUCUGGCAAGGACAACUCAGCCCGGCCAAGACCGAAGUUCACUACCUCCACCUCGACCGGGGAUGGAGCGGAGCGCAAAUCGCAGCAAUCAAGGGGGUGCAGGUUAGCACUGCGGACGGGUACAUCGCCGAUGCGAUUCGUGCUGGCAAGGCGUACAGGUUCGGUGUCCUCGGCGUCACCCGGAGGACGCUGUCCCUCGUGGAAAACGCGUGGCACAGGCAUCGGAGGACCAUAGACGCAGAGGCACAGCAGACGGUGACGCCUCCUCUUGCUCUUCGGGAGAACACCGACGCUGACUCCGCGGUGCAUCGUCGCACGAUUCGUGCCGUGAAGGACAUACUGAUGGAGCAAGCGCCUGGUUCGAACAUUUCUUGGGCUGAGUGCGACUUCAGCCUCUGCCACCUCCAGCGACUUGAAUUACUCGCCGCAGGCGAUGCUGCCUCUCGCCUACAGCUUAUCAGUCCUCUGCCGCCUAAACGGUGA